AUGACUAACUUGUGUACCAUUUCCAUAGACAACAGCAUUAUAGCCACCGCAAUUCCAAAGAUUACGGAUCAAUUCCACAGUCUUGAAGAUGUAGGCUGGUAUGGAAGUGCGUACUUAUUGACAACUGCUUCCCUCCAGUUGCUGUUUGGAAAAUUCUACACCUUUUUCAGUAUCAAAUGGGUCUAUUUGAUUGCCAUUGGUCUGUUUGAGCUGGGCAGCCUGAUCUGCGGUGUGGCCAACAACAGUUUGGCUCUCAUCAUGGGCCGUGCUGUUGCGGGAAUUGGCUCAGCGGGUAUAUUUUCAGGCGCUCUCAUCAUCCUAGCCCACUCAGUGGUCUUGGAUAAGCGUCCACUGUAUACCGGGUUCAUUGGUAGCAUGUAUGGCAUUGCCUCUGUGGCCGGACCUCUGCUUGGGGGUGUUUUCACCGACAAGGUGACAUGGCGCUGGUGCUUCUAUAUCAAUCUGCCUAUUGGUGCCGUCACAGUUGUUGUGAUUGCAUUCUUCUUUCCGGCUCCGAACCGGCAGGUCAAAAACUCGACAUGGACAGAACGAAUCAGAAAGUUUGAUCCUAUCGGCACAGCUUUGUUCAUGCCCGCCAUCAUUUGCUUGCUGUUGGCUCUGCAAUGGGGCGGAACUACCUAUGCCUGGAGCAGCUGGCGAAUCAUUCUAUUGUUCUGCUUCUUUGCUGUUCUGAUCUUGCUCUUUAUAGCCGCUCAAUGGUUCCAGCAGGAGUAUGCAACCGUGCCGCCUCGCAUCCUUUUCAAGCGUACCGUGUGGUCUUCUUGCCUGUUCAGCUUCUGUCUCGGUGCUGCAUUCUUGUGCUCCGUCUAUUUCCUUCCCAUUUGGUUCCAGGCCGUGAAAGGUGCUAGUGCCGUCAAUUCCGGGAUCAUGAAUCUUCCCAUGUUGAUCGCCGUUGUGAUAUUGUCUGUUUUCGCGGGAAUCGUUGUCACUGUCGUGGGCUACUACGCUCCUUUCAUGAUACUUGGCACUAUUUUCAUUGCCAUUGGAUAUGGCCUCAUGUCCCAGUUCCACCCAGACACGCCCAAAUCUGUCUGGAUCGGCUAUCAAAUCAUCGCCGGUGCCGGUGUUGGCUUUGGUAUGCAACAACCUAUGAUUGCCGUGCAGGUCGUUCUUGACAUUGUCGAUGUACCUACCGGCACUGCCAUCAUUGUCUUUGCUCAGACGCUUGGUGGUGCCCUCUUUGUGUCUAUUGGUAACAAUGUCUUCAGCAACAAGCUUGUUGAAUAUCUCGCCGAAUAUGCUCCGAACUUGGAUCCAGCAAUCGUUCUCAGGGCCGGCGCGACCAGCGUUCAAAAGGUCGUCGACAAAGCUGACUUGGCAGGAGUCAUCCAUGCCUAUAGCGACGCGAUUACACAAACCUUCAUGGUGUGCGCAGCUGUAUCUGCGAUUAGUGUUAUUGGUGCCUUGAUUGUGGAGUGGAAGAGCGUCAAGGGCAAAAACCUUGCCGCAGGAGGGGCUGCAUAA